CUUAGUUCCCAUCUUCCCUUUCGGUCUUCGCGCUCUGUAUUGCAAGGUCGUGGAGAAAGGAGUCUGAGGUAGAGCGCCAUUUCUUCCGCCUACCUUCUCUGCGCUCUUCGCUGAGCUUCCAGCAGCGUUAUGUUGGGUCAGAGUAUCCGGAGGUUCAGCACCUCCGUGAUCCGUCGCAGCCACUAUGAGGAGGGUCCGGGGAAGAAUUUGCCAUUUUCCAUUGAAAACAAGUGGCGGUUACUGGCUAUGAUGACUGUGUUCUUUGGGUCUGGAUUUGCUGCUCCCUUCUUUAUAGUAAGGCACCAGCUACUCAAAAAAUAAGGAUAUUUAAUCUAUCCUUCAACAGGAUGAAGAAUGUUUUAAGAGAUGCAAUCUGAAAAUUGGGUUGAACUCUUAUAUACAAUUGUAAAUAAAGUAAUGAAACAAA